UUUGGAAAGAAAUGUUGCUGUGAAGUACAAAGCUGUGGUUACUGUGUCUCUUGAAUUGAUACAUGUAUCUGCCUCAUUCACAAAACUACCUCUACUGAAGGGCAAAGUAAGAAUGAACCGUAACACCACAAUUCAGAGCGAUUAUCGUCCUAUCGACGGGGACGAUGAAGAAUCAACUCCUCUUUUGGGACCUUUGCGGGGUGGAAAUGCCUCCUUCAAGUCCUCUGUGUUUAACCUGAUGAAUGCCAUUAUGGGCAGUGGAAUUCUGGGGCUGUCUUACGCAAUGGCCAGCACGGGCAUCGUGGGUUUCAGUAUCCUGUUGCUGAUAGUGUCCAGUUUGGCUGCAUAUUCAAUCCAUUUGCUGCUUACACUAUGUGACCAAACAGGUGUUUCAUCCUAUGAAGAUCUGGGUGGCCGAGCAUUUGGGAGGUUUGGUAAAGUCUUGGUGGCCAGUGCCAUUCUUAUUCAGAACAUUGGAGCUAUGUCCUCCUACAUGUUCAUCCUCAAGUCUGAGCUUCCUGCUGCUAUCAGUGGCUUCCUCAGUCCAGAUCAUGAACGAGGUGAAUGGUAUGAGGAUGGCACCAUUCUUGUUAUCCUGGUUACUGUUUGUGUGGUGCUUCCACUGGCCAUGUUACCCAAGAUUGGUUUCUUGGGUUAUACCAGCAGUCUGGCCUUUUUCUUCAUGCUCUUUUUCACAGUGGUGAUUGUAAUAAAGAAAUGGUCAAUUCCUUGUCCACUCCCAGGCAAUGUAACCCUAAAUUCAUAUGGAAGUUUCUAUGAGGUGCCAUCGAAUGUGUCAGAAUGCACACCAAAACUCUUUGUUUUCAACACUAAGGGUGCAUAUGCUGUCCCUACCAUGGCUUUCUCUUUCCUCUGUCACACUGCAAUCCUUCCUAUCUACUGUGAACUGCAGAGACCCACUAAGAAGCGAAUGCAGAAUGUGGCGAAUGUCAGCAUCUCCCUCAGCUUUGUAGUAUACUUUAUCUCUGCCUUAUUUGGAUACCUCACAUUCUUUGAUAAGGUGGACUCUGAGCUGCUGCUGGGCUAUGAUACCUACCUAGCACGGGACAUCCUGGUGAUGCUGGUGCGCCUGGCCAUCCUUUUGGCAGUGCUGCUCACCGUGCCCCUUAUCCACUUCCCAGCUCGGAAGGCUGUGCAGAUGUUGGUAAUGGGAGAUCGGCCAUUCUCCUGGUUCUCUCACAGCCUCACCACUCUCCUGCUUCUCACCAUCGUGCUGCUGCUAGCCAUAUUUGUCCCUGACAUCAGAAACGUCUUUGGCAUUGUUGGCUCCACCACCUCCACCUGUCUGCUGUUUGUGUUCCCGGGCCUGUUCUCCUUGAGGAUGCGCUCCGACCCACUCCUGUCCCUGCCGGCGAUUGGGGCGGUGUGCUUGGUUGUGACUGGUGUGUUUGUCGGGUUGUUGAGCCUCUGCAUCAUCAUCGUCUCCUUGGCACAGAACUCCUGAUGCAACCCCCAGCCCCGUCAGGAUACAUUAACCAGUAUGCUGUUCUGACCACAUAGAACAGGACCAGCUUACACUCCUCAUUAUCCACGACUGUUUAUGGAUAAGCAAGUACACACACACUAAACUCUGAUAUUGAAUACUGUUUACAUAUGGACAUUUCAGUGUUGAGGGAAAAAAAUCUUGAUUUUUUGUCAAUUUUGUUGUGUUCAUGUCUUUUAUGAUAUCAUGCAUGUUGUGAUUUUAAUUGAUGUUUGAUAAUGGAAGCAAUAAUGGAUCUAAAAGGGAUCAUUCACAUUAAAGGAUAUUUUUAUAUGUUGA